AUUUUUCCCAAUUGUCUUAAACCCUACUACGAAAACUUUAAACCCUCCUCCUCUCUCUCCUUCCAUUUCUUCCGCCACCGCCUCCCUCCUCCUCCGCCGCCCUCUCUUUCCACUUCCCGUCCGCCAUAGCCAUGGCAGAGCUUCAAAGCUUCUCUACGAAACCCCGCCUUAAACCCACAUCCAAAAAAUCCAACAAAUCCCCAGAAGCCAAAUACUGGAAAUCCUUCAAAACCCAAGAAAUCUCAGGCCUAGUUUCUUCAAUCACCUCCAUUGAUUUCUCCCCACAAUCCCCCCACCACUUCGCCGCCACAUACGGUGCUGCUCUCUCCUUUUACAACCCCCACCACCCCUUCUCCCCCUCGGAGCCUGUCUCCACAGUCCGCUCCUUCAAGGACAUUUCCUUCUCCGCCUCGUACCGCUCCGAUGGCAAGCUUAUAGCUGCUGGGUGUCAAUCCGGGGUAAUCCAUGUUUUUGAGGCGAAAACCCGAAAUCCGCUUCGACAAUUGAAGGGGCAUUCUCGGCCUGUGAGGUUAGUUCAGUACCCUAGAGUUGAUCGUUUGCAUUUGUUUUCUGGUGGUGAUGAUUCUGUUGUUAAGUACUGGGAUGUUGCUACUGAAACCUCUUUGUAUAAUUUUUUGGGUCAUAAGGAUUAUGUUAGAAGUGGGUCUGCUUCUCCAAUCGAUGAUAAUUUGUUUGCCACCGGGUCUUAUGAUCAUACUGUUAGGGUUUGGGAUGUUAGGGGUUCGAAAUCAGGUUCUUCUGCUAUGGUUGUUAAUCAUGGGAAACCUGUUGAAGAUGUUGCAUUUUUGCCUUCUGGUGGGUUGAUUGCCACUGCUGGAGGGAACAUGGUGAAAAUUUGGGAUGUGAUUGGAGGUGGGAAAUGUGUGUAUUCCAUGGAGAGUCAUAAUAAGACUGUAACAUCGAUUUGUGUUGGGAAAGUGGGGAGGGAUAGUGGAGAAGAAUCCGAUCAAUACCGCCUUUUGACUGUUGGGUUAGACGGGUAUUUGAAGGUGCUUGAUUACUCAAAGUUGAAAAUUACGUUCUCAAUGAGGUUCCCUGCUCCCCUGGUGUCGGUUGGGUUCUCCCCUGAUUGUUCUACACGAGUUAUUGGAACCUCAAAUGGAAUUAUCUAUAUGGCAAAGAGGAAGAAGGAGAAUGUGGAAGAAAACCGUGUUCUAGGAGAUUUUCAGAUUAGGGAGGAACCGCGAAAGAGGAUGUUGAAGCCAUCAUUCUUUAGGUAUUUUCAUCGAGGACAAAGUGAGAAGCCUAAAGGAGGUGAAUAUCUGGUUUUAAGACCCAAGAAGGUUAAGUUGUCCGAACAUGACAAACUAUUGAAGAAAUUCAUGCACAAAGAUGCUCUUGUAGCUGUCCUUCGUAAGAAGAAUCCCGAAAAUGUUGUUGCUGUGAUGGAAGAAUUGGUAGCAAGGAAGAAACUGUUCAGAUGUGUGUCAAAUUUGGAUAUAGAGGAGCUUGAGUUGCUGUUGGUGUUCUUGCAGAAGUACACUACUCUUCCGAGGUAUGCUGGUUUACUGAUGCCGUUUACCAACAAGGUUAUUCAAAUGCGAGCUGAGGAUAUUCGAGCUUCUGAUGGUCUCAAGGUUCAGCUGAGGAAUUUGAAGCGAACCAUUCAGGAGGAGUUGCGGAUACAACAGUCUUUGCUGGAGAUACAAGGAAUAAUAUCUCCCUUGAUGAGGAUUGCUGGGAAGAGAUAGUGCUCGUUGUACUAAUAUUGCUUUAAGAGUUGUAUGUUGAUAACUUCUUACCGGCAACCUCUACUUCAAGUAGAGGAUAAAUUCUUGAGCACAUGUUUACUUUUCUACCCAUAUUUGCUUUUUGUAGGGGAUAGAAUCUUGAGCACAUUUUUAGAAGAGGAUAGACUCAAGUGUUGAGGCUACACUUUGGAUUCAAGAUCUCCUUUGUUCUUGGAUAUCUUCUUUAAGUUAAAUUUUGGUCUCAAGAUGACAUAUUUUCGUGUUUUACUAGUGGCGCUGUAACUUUUUUUUGGGCUUAAAUGAGAUAUCUACUUGGUUUUGUCGGUGUUCUUGUAACUUUUUUUGGGCUUAAAUGAGAUAACCUUUCACUCC